AUGAUUCGCAGUGGAGCACCGGCGCCAGCGCAACGUGGUGGUACUUCAUCUUUGCCAUCAAAUGUUCGGGAUAGUAUCAUGCACCGUUUAAUGCUUUCUACCCAAGCCGGAAGUGUAUCAAAUGGAUCAGGACGAGCGGAACAACGGUCACGGGAAGACAUGCAACAGUAUAUAGGGCGGAAUUUUCCAUCUCAUGCUUUUCAAACACCUCAAGUUAAUAAUGAUGUAAUGGAUUUAUGGCCGAAUGUUUCGGGAGCCGACAAUUUUCCAUCUCCGAUAAGUGGAAAUACAUACGGUUACGGACCAGGACCAGGAGCAUCAACAAUGUAUUUACCAAACUUGCUUAAUUUGCCACCGCUACCACCAGUAUAUUUACGCUGUCCCGAAUGUGGCAUCUGUAAAAUGAGCAGUGAGGAAAUGGAGGUCCAUAUAAAAGUUGAGCAUUUGCACUGGAGUCCCUUUCAAUGUACUGAAUGUUAUGCGGAAAGAUCGACAGAUUUUCAGUUACGCGAGCAUAUUCACUCAACACAUCGGAAAAAUUAUGAGCACAAAUAUAUUUAUGCGUAUCAUGACAACCCUACUGCGAAACGGCUGCUUCAAAUGAUGAUGGAUCGUUGCUUGAUGAAUGCACGCCGAGCGCAGCCACCACCACUGGUCAGCAAUUCUCAGCCGUCACCGACUGUAACAACAGCAACGACAUUGCCGCCAGCACAUUUUCAUGCCUCCACUUUCCCGGAUAGACGAUCUACGGCAAGUUUAUCUCCUACAUGUGAAGCCGGAGUUGAAAGUUCUGUGCGUAAUAUCAACACAUUGACAAAUGGCCGAGACCACAUAUCAAUGAAUCAGCAAUUACAAAGAUCGGGGUUUACGCCAACAGCAAUUGUUGGAGCUACAGCUACUGCUAUUUCAAAAAAACGACCUGCAAGCGAUAAUACUAUGUCUUGGAAUACAAAUACUGACGCUGUGUUAUCAGCGAUACGUGUUGCAACCAAUGAAAAUGCCGAUGAACAAGAAGUAAGUGUGGAAGGAUCUGGUACCGAAGACGGUGGAAUUGGAGUAGGAGGAGAAAUGGAUAAUGAAUUUAAUAAUAGUAUUACAAGCGGAAUACGUGAUGUUAAAAGUGCAUUUGACGUUGCGAUGGAAGAAUCAACAGCUGAACAAUCCGAUGAAGCACUGCUUGCAUCGACAGCAAUUGAUGUUGAUGGUGGCCAAGAUGCAACGGAUAUUCUGGGAAAUGUUGCCGAAAUAUUUAGUGCUGGUGAUAUAGCUAUUCCUUGGAAACGGCGGAAUCGUGGCGGUAGUAGUAAUAUUCAUGACAAUGGUGAUACUAGUGAUUGUAACACUAGAAAUGAGCGACCUAAAGCCACCAAAAGCAGCUUGGCAAAAAGACGUAUGAUGGGAAUAUGUAAAUGUAAACAGCUUAUUACCGCUGGUGCACGACAAAUGCACAUUUUUUAUCACAUGGCAAAGGAUCGUCAGCUUUUCCGCUUCCGUUGCAAGUAUCCGGCUUGUCAAGUGCAGCACUAUAGAAAAGAUCAGAUGGAAAAUCAUCAGUCGAAAGUACAUGGUGCAAUAAAUCCAUUGUUAAUUGAAGAUCGAACAGCUGAGUUAUUCAAAAUUUCCCAGGAAGUAUCAUUGGAUCUUUUGGGAACAACGGGUAAUAAGCCUGGUCCUACAGCUGCACGUGCACAAAUGAUUUAUGAUCAGAUGAUGGCAGCGCAAGCUCGAAAUCCCAGAAAUUCAAGGAGGAAGAAAAGAGCAGCGGAAAGAGCGCUAGCCGUUGCGGCAGCUCGUGCUGUUGCUACAGCUCGAGUUGCAGUAGCAACCGCUGCGCUUAAUGCCCAAAGAAUGGCUGCGAUAGAAGAAGCAAAUCGAUGCAGUACUGUGGAACAAUCGCAACAGCAACAUCUUCUGCCAUCUGUUCCAUCAACAUCACGAGAAAUAUCGUCAAUAGAACAAACCGAUGAUCAACAAUUGCAUUGUCAAAAGUGUCAUAAAUUAUUACAUAAUAAGAUACGCGGUUUCCAUGUCCUAUGGCAUAUGUCCAAAGAUCUUGGGAUUAAUCGUUAUAUAUGUAAAUUUUGUGAUUUCGGUCAUGAUCGAAAACAGGCUGUUGUAAGUCACGGAAGAAGGGAACAUGGUACAGAGGACUGUUGUGAAGAUCAUGUUGAGGAAUAUUCAGAUGAAGUAAAGACAAUGACUGAGCAGUGUUUCGGUUUGCAACCAACAUCAUCGCAUGAUAGCCGUUUAUCAGAUCAAGCAGUUAACGAUGAAGGAAUGGUUUCGGAAAUUAUGACAAAUGCUAAUACUACUCCUGCAACAACGAUUUCGGAAGAAAUUACGAAUUCAACAGCAUAUGGUGUAGACGAAUAUGACGCAAAAGCGUCCUCAGCAUUGCAUAUUACCGAUUCGUCGCAGUUGGCACCACAUCAGUCCGAAAUUAUGACGAUGCCGCGAUCAUUUGUUUCGGCGUCAUCUUCGUCAUCAUACCGUGAUCGUAUGAGGAAAGCCAGAAACCGUCGGUUUGGAGUGCGCAAACCUCCGUCAAAAUUGAAACGCAAAGAAAUGGCAAAGUUACGUGAGAUCAGUAUGCGGCUUGGUGGUGCGCAGUAUUUUAAAAAGCGCUUCAACGAAGCUGCACAUUGCCAGAAAUGCGGUUUGUUAACAACAUCAAGAUUAAGUGACCAUGCAUACAAACAUCUGGAUGUGCAGCUGUUUCUUUGUCCACAAUGUGACAUCGGAAAUCAAUCUCGUGAUUUGGUAGUGAAACAUAUUCGUGACGUGCACAGCAGUCAAGAACAUCCAAUUGAUGAACGCUGGAAAUAUCGCGUUGAAAUUAAGGAAAUCAUCCGUGAAUGUUAUCCAGCUUAUUUUAUCGAUGCUCCAAUACCGACCGCUGCUGAUAUCGAAAAAUUGCAUGAGCUAUUACUUUGUUUCAAAAAAAAUUCACAUGAAAGGACCAAGAGUUGUAUGCGGAAACAAAGUUUGUCGUCGGGGCGAUUUUUCGAUGUCCUUGGGUUCACAGAUGAUGACCAGCCAGAAAGCGUUGAUGUAACUCUCGAAAGAGAUUUUGGCCGAGAAGCAGGUGAUGGAGAUUCGGAUGAUGAACGGCAAGAAGAAGGUUUAGAGCCGGAACAGGAUGCACAGUCAUAUGCAGAAGGAGGUGAUUAUGGUGUAGACGAUACCAUGUUGUGUGAAGCGGAUCAUGCACAGGAACGCUUUGUAAUGGAAAAUGAUGGUGAUCAAUCGGUGGACAGUGAUACAAGUGGCGAUGACGCUAUCAUUGAAGAAAACGGACAUGAUGAGACGGAAAGAUUUGCUGGUGCAUCAUCGGGACAAUCAUCAAUCACCGGGUUACCGCUCUUGGAAAACGAUGUUUUGGGAAGUGGUGGUAUUCUGGUGAAGAAUGAGCUAGAUAAUCAUUCUGAUCUCACUAGAGAAGCUGAAAUUACGCACAUUGUAGAGGAGGAGGAAGAUGAGGGGGAGGAGGAAAUGUGA